AUGGAAAAUCUAACUUCAAAUGAGGACCUCCUUAUCUUGGAGGGGUUAAAGGUCACCCCUCAGUCUAAGACCCCUGCCUUCAUCCUCCUCCUCCUCGUCUAUAUCUUUAUCAUUGUUUCUAACCUGGGCCUGGUGGCGCUGAUCUUUGGGAGCAGGAGCCUCCAUCAGCCCAUGUACCUGCUCUUCUGUAACCUUCUUAUUAAUGAUGCUUGUGGAGCCACGCUUUUAAUCCCUCAUAUACUCAAAGACAUUUUCAUUUCACCAUCGAAGAGAUACAUUCAUUACAUAAGCUGUGUGGCUCAGGCUUUUUGCGCACAUUUCCUUGGAAGUGCCGCCCACACUGUGCUCAUGAUCAUGGCCUUUGACCGAUACGUGGCCAUCUGUAACCCUCUACGCUACGCCUCCAUCAUGACCAACAGGAUGGUGGUGAAGCUGUCAGUGGCAGCAUGGGGGUCUGCUUUUGUGACGGUGGCCAUCCUCCUGGGCCUCACCAUCCGCCUUUCACGCUGCAGGAGGAACCUCCCAAACCUGUUCUGCGAUAACGCCUCCUUAUUCAGUCUUUCCUGUGAAAGUGUCAUCAUCAAUAACAUCUACGGCCUCGGAUACACCGUCCUCCUGCUCGGCUCUUCCAUCGGCAGCAUCACACUCACCUACCUGAAAAUCGCUGCAGUGUGUGUGCGCAGUAAAAACAACGCUCUGAACAGGAAAGCGCUGCAGACCUGUGCUUCCCACCUGGUUGUGUACGUCCUCCUGCUGCUGAUGGGCUUCAUCAUCAUCGCCCUACAUCGAUUCCCUCACUUGUCUGUGCACAGGAAGUUGUUGCCCAUCCUGGGACACAUCAUCACACCAGCUCUGAACGCUGUGAUCUACGGUGUUCAGAUAAAAGAGAUCAGAGAGAGGAUUAAGGCUGUGUUUCACAUCAAUGUAGUGACACUGAUGGAUAGUAAAUAA